GCAUAGUUUAAUUGGACUUGAGGCCACACUAGUAUAAAGGGUUUCUUUUUUAUAUGGUACUCCUACAAUGUGUAGUAUAUAUUUCUUGCUUCUAGCCAUACUACUCCCUUGUUUCUUUGAGAUUCUAAGCUUAAGCUGCUCCACCGUCAUGAAAGAUACACUUAGGUACUUAGCAGGCAUUGCAGGCCCUAGUGGUUAUGGUUCAAAAACUACUGCUCAACAAGUUGCAGACAAUUCUUCUUCCCCUCUUCACCGUCUAACUGCCAUUAUCACCGGAGCGACGUCUGGUAUUGGAGCAGAGACAGCAAGGGUAUUGGCUAAGAGAGGAGUGAGAGUGGUGAUACCAGCGAGAGAUAUAAAGAAGGCAGCUGAAUUGAAGGAAGGGAUUGAAAAUGAGAAUCCAAAUGUUGAAAUUAUGUUGUUUGAGAUUGAUCUUAGUUCAUUGGCUUCUGUCAAGAGAUUUUGUACUCAGUUCUUGGCUCUUGGAUUACCCCUUAACAUCCUCAUAAACAAUGCUGGGAUAUUCUCUCAGAAUUUGGAGUUCUCUGAGGACAAAAUUGAGAUGACAUUUGCAACAAAUUACUUGGGACAUUAUUUGAUGACAGAAAUGUUAAUAGAAAAGAUGGUAGAAACAGCAGAGGAAACAGGCAUCCAAGGAAGAAUCAUAAACCUGUCUUCAGUAAUUCACAGCUGGGUCAAAAGGGAAUGUUUCAGCUUCACCCAAAUGCUCAACCCCAACAAUUAUAAUGCUACUCGUGCUUAUGCUCAAUCCAAACUAGCAAACAUAUUGCAUGCCAAAGAAGUAGCCAGACAGCUAAAGGCAAGAAGUGCAAAAGUAACCAUCAAUGCAGUGCAUCCAGGAAUUGUAAAGACUGGAAUUAUCAGAGCACACAAGGGCUUUAUUACAGAUUCCCUAUUUUUUAUUGCUUCAAAGUUGCUCAAGUCUACCUCUCAGGGUGCAUCAACUAGCUGCUAUGUCGCAUUGAGCCCACAAGCACAAGGGUUAAGUGGGAAAUACUUUGCAGAUUGCAAUGAGUGCAAUUGCUCAGCCUUAGCCAACGACGAAUUGGAGGCUCAAAGAUUAUGGAGGCAAACUCGAGCUCUAAUUCACAGAAGAUUGCAAUAUCAAUUCCCUACACCAUCUUAGAACAUUCUAAUUACUCAUGUUUCACCCAACAUAAUUAGAUUAAUUAGGAAGCUUUGUACAUAUACCCCCAAUUUAUUUAUCUUCAUCUACAUUUAUAUAAAAGCAUUUUGUACCGGAAAAUGAACAUGACAUAUAUUGUAGGAUUAUUUUGGAUAUCGGAUAAAAGG